GAAAGAAUAUAUUUCAUGAAGAUAAUACACACAAGGAUUUUAAGAAUGAUCCAGUACCUUUUUACGAGGAGAAGAAACAUGUCAAACGACUCGAUUUUGGGUGAACCAUCACUCGGUCACCGUAACUUGACGCAAUUCUUACGUCAAACGGAAACGGAAAUUAGUUUUUGAUGGCAGACAUGUCGAGCGAAGAUUGUCGAGCCAGCACAACGAGUUCAUCCGGUAACAUCGACGAGACAGGAAACACCAGCGGCCGAAGGAUGUCGCACUUUAAGGAAUACAAGUUCUUCCGCAGCUUCAGCGCGAAAGUCGAGAAUUGGCCGAUGCGCAAAGCGGAAGCCCUUUGGCGGCGAAUGCGCGAGCGGAAAAUCGCAGCAAGCUUGGUACAAGCUUUGCCACGACGAUUAAAGUUUAAUGGCGAGCAGUCAUUCAACCCGACCGACGCGCAGACCAACCGACUGCGUAAUUUGCAGAUUCAGCGUAAAGCGCAUACAGUUGUUCGCUGGUACAAUGUGCGCGUCGAGAUUUAUUUGUGGAGACCCGUGGGUCUUAUAAUAGAUCACAACAUAAACGUGUUCGCGCGUUGGAAAUCAGCUUGUUUGUCUUGAGAAACGUGCCUCUGGUCACUAAGUAGUCCUUUGUUAUAGGCUACUGUCUAAUAUCACCUGCGAGGUUUAUUUUCGAUAAUUACCUUGUAAGUAGAUGAGAAACAUCAUAACGCCGUUUAUGUUAGG